CGCUCACUUGUUGCUUCACUGGAUAAGGUGAAACUUUUCCAGCGAGACAUUAACGGACCUUUGACACGUUGAAACUUCUCGCUGGGUAAGACAGCUCGCGCGUCCUGUUGUCUUUUCAGCCCAAACUGAAACGGGUUGGGUUUUCAUAGAAAUGUCUCUGGCAGAGCAAAGCCAGCAGUGGUUCCCCACCAGCGUCCAGGUAACGGUGCUUCAGGCGAGGGGUUUGCGGACCAAAGGGAAGAAUGGCACUAACGACUCGUACGCCGUCAUGCAGGUGGCCAAGGAUAAGUUCUCCACCUCGGUGGCGGAGAAAACCGUCGCACCGGUGUGGAAAGAGGAGGCCGCGUUCGACCUGCCGCUCUUUCACCCCAGUAACGCGGAGCGCUGCACCCUACAGGUGUGUGUGAUGCACCGGGCUCUGAUGGGACCCGAUAAAGUGCUCGGACAGGCGACCAUCAACCUCCUGGAACUCCAAGACAAUAAAUCCCGUAAUAAAACAGAAUGGUUCAAAUUGAUGGGCAAGACGGGGAAGGCUGAUAAAGACAGGGGUGAGGUACUCCUAGACAUUCAGUUUAUGAAGAACAACAUGACGGCCAGCAUGUACGACCUCUCCGGGCAGGACAAGUCACGCUCACGGCUUGGGAAGCUUAAAGAUAAGCUGAAAGGGAAAAAGAAAGAUGGGAUGUCGGAUUCUGCUUCUGCCAUUGUGCCUUCAGUCAGCCAGGUACUGACUGACAGCGAGGGAGAAGAAGAACCUGACUCCACACCUGGAGCCAAAAAGAAGAAUAAACUCAAAUCUCUUUUCAAACCCAAGCCCUCUCUGCAGCGUAACAUUUCCCAGUCCAUGUCCACGCUCGCCACCCUGCCUGAAAAAGACUCGGCCAUCAGUCUGAGCAGAUCUUCUGGCCUAAAUGUAGAGUCUCCUGAAGGCAAAAAGAAAUUUAAAUUUCUGAAGCACAAGCGGACCGAAAGCUCUGACAGCAAGGUUUCCCAGGGCACCGGCUCUCUUGGACUGGGCAUGGUGCAGAGCAACGUGUGCAUCAACGGCAGUCACGUCUACACAGAAGAACCAGAGAGCAGAGGAUCCAGGGCUGGUUCCACCUUCAGCCUGAACAGCUCAGGCCACGGAUCCAUGGAGGACCUGCGCAGAGGUCAUGACAGGAAAACCUCCAGUACCUCAGAGGAAGAAAGAAAGAGGAUAGAGAAGGAAGAGGAAAUGAAACAGAUUGAGGAAAAAAAGAGAUUGGAGAGGGAAGAGGAGAGGAAAAGAUUAGAAAGAGAGGAAGAGGAGAGGAAAAGGAUUGAGAGAGAGGAAGAAAGAAAGAGGAUAGAGAAGGAAGAGGAGCGGAAACUGAUUGAAAGAGAGGAGGAAAGAAAGAGGAUAGCAAGGGAAGAGGAGAGGAAACAGAUGGAGAGAGAGGAGGAAAGAAAGAGGAUAGAAAGGGAAGAGGAGAGGAAACGGUUUGAGGGAAAAAAGAGAUUGGAAAGGGAAGAGGAGAGGAAACAUUUGGAAAGAGAGGAAGAGGAGAGGAAAAGGAUUGAGAGAGACGAGGAAAGAAAGAGGAUAGAAAGGGAAGAGGAGAUGAAACAGAUUGAGGAAAAAAAGAGAUUGGAGAAGGAAGAGGAGAGGAAAAGGAUUGAGAGAGAGGAAGAAAGAAAGAGGAUAGAGAAGGAAGAGGAGCGGAAACUGAUUGAAAGAGAGGAGGAAAGAAAGAGGAUAGAAAGGGAAGAGGAGAUGAAACAGAUUGAGGAAAAAAAGAGAUUGGAGAAGGAAGAGGAGAGGAAAAGGAUUGAGAGAGAGGAAGAAAGAAAGAGGAUAGAGAAGGAAGAGGAGCGGAAACUGAUUGAAAGAGAGGAGGAAAGAAAGAGGAUAGAGAGGGAAGAGGAGAUGAAACGGAUUGAGGAAAAAAAGAGAUUGGAGAGGGAAGAGGAGAUGAAACGGUUGGAAAGAGAGGAAGAGGAGAGGAAAAGGAUUGAAAGAGAGGAGGAAAUAAAGAGGAUAGAGAGAGAAGAGGAGAGGAAACAGGAAGAGGAAAGGAGAAGAAUUGAGGCAGAGGAUAGAGAAAGAAAAAGGCUUGAGCAGGAAGAAAUGAUCAGAAUAAAGAACAAACAGGAAGAGGAAAGGAGAGCUGAGGAGGAGAGGAUCAAAGAGGAGAAAAGGAAUAGAAUGGAGGAAGAGGAAAAGGCUAGGAAGGAAGAAGAACAGAGGAGAAUGGAGGAAGAGAGACUUGAGAAUGAAAAGUUGCGGAAAGAAGAAGAGACAAGAAUGAUCGAGAUGCAAAGAAGACGCACUGAAGAAGAGGAAAGACUACAAAAGGAAAAGGAAAAGUUGGAAGCAGAGGAAAAGAGGAAAAGGAUAGAGGAAGAAGAGAGAAGACUGUCUGAGCAGAAAGAAAGAAGAGCAAAAGAAAGGUUACAUUUGGAAAAAGAGAAGCUGGAGCUUGAGAACAAGAAAAUGGAAGAAAGGAUGAGAGAGGAGCAGGCGCGAAAAAAGGCUGAGGAAGAGGAGGAGAAGAGGAAGCUGAAAGAGAAAGCAGACCAGGAGAGAAUCAGGCAAGAGAAAGUAGAAAUGGAGAGACAGAAGGAAGAGAAAGAACAGCGGCCUGUGGUGAAACCCAGGAGUGCUCGACUGAAUAAGAGUAAAAAAGCCCCUGAUGAGAUUAACCCGGACUACAUCCCAUCUGCCAAUCCCUUUGAAGAUCCUCUCUCAUUCGAUGAGAGUUACACCAAUCCCACAGUUUCUCAAACUGAAGCCCUCAAUCAGUCCACCAAAGUCUCUGCAGUCAAGCCAAGUUAUUCUGUUUCUGGAAUCUUCUUUUCGCAAGCAUCUAUCCCAAACACCAAUCCAUUCUUAGAUGACUCUGAUGUUGAUAGUGGAAACACUGAGAAAGUUGUUAAUUUCGGAGACACCGCAGAAAGGUCAGAUAAAAAACGACGUGCACCAAUGCCUCCCCUGAACAAGACGCAGAUGGGAAAAACAGACAUCCCUCCAAGAGCACCACCAAUUCCUGAAGCCACACAAGCUUUUCUAUCUAGAGGAUCUGAGGGCGAUGGAGACUCGGAUUCCUGCAGUUUACAACGGGACAAACGUCCUGCACCUUUACCACCAAAGAACAAGCAAGAAGUGCAAAAUGGACAUGCAGUCCAAUCUACUACACCUCUUCAUACCGGAGAACAGAGAACCACUAGAUUCCAGGAAAAAGACCAGACUAAUAAAAUGCGACCAGUUUUGCAAGAUGAGUCUAGGACCUCUGAUACAGUCAACUCUGGGAACACCAGUUUAACAAAUCUUAGCCAGGGUCAUCCCAGUAACAGACAAGAAACCAACCCUUUUAUAUUUACUGAGGUCAAAACAACUAAACACAACAAGGGACCAGCUCCAAAGCCUUUAUUACAGUCAAAAUGUUGCAAGACAUCUGCAUCUGAAACAGAACCCAACAACCUAGCAAUAAGUAAUUUCCAUUUGACUGGACACGAAACCAUUGCUGCCUCAAUCUCUUGCAUUGAUCAACUAGAUGAGUCGACUGACAAGCUUGAUGAUCUUCUUGCAUCUGAAGAGCCUUCUACAAAACCCGAGCCUGUGCACUCUGAUGACCUUUCCUCAAUAGAUUUACCAGCAAAGUAUAAACUAGUCUGUCUUGGAGAAGACGCACCUUCUAGGUCUGAUCCACUCAUUGGAAAGGUUCUCUGCAAUGUGAAUGAUCCUAAGAAUACUGAAAAUGUUUUGCUUGAGAGUGGUAUGUUCAAAAAGAAGAGUUGGGCCCCAUUGCCUCCUGCCAAAUUAGCAUCCGGCCAGCAACCAGAAGCUGCAUUGAACUCAACUAGUCAACCCAACAUACAAGAUCAAGACAAGUCACUAACUAUUAAUAGUAGCAAGUCAACUUCUUGUUUUACUGAAUCCCUGGUGAAGUCAUCUUCAACCUCCAGUCAAGUUCUCCCUCUUCUGAGAAUGGAAGCAAGUCAUGGGUCAGGGCAGCGGCCUCUCCCGCCUGUCCGAGUGUCACCUAUUGAAGUUCAGCCCCUCACUGGGCAGAAAAAUGGGAGUGAAAGUGAGAGAGCAGGUGAUCCUGCCUUCAAACCCUGCAGGCCCCAUGCAGUGAAACCCCUGAGCACCACUGACAAGCAACCAGACCUCAGAGAGACCCAAGAAGGUUCCAGAUCUGCUAAAAUUACAGAUGGCAUACAAGUCAAGAUGAAGGCCCCAGAGACUAAAGGGAAUGGGCCGUACUCCCAGCUAACCUAUGAAGAACUCAUUAACUUGUUGGAAAAGCAGAAGCAGCAGCUUUCUCAGAAGGAUGCUAAGAUUGGGGAACUGGAGCUUUAUAUAGACAAUCUUCUGGUGCGUGUCAUGGAGGAUAGCCCCAACAUCUUAAUGUCCUUGAGCUCCAUGAAGAAGUCAGUUUGAGUACUUUUGUAGCAGACUGGUAUGUCUUUAAUCUGCACUGCAAUCACAAAUAUGGGAUGAACAACAGUACAAGGUUGUGGGUAAAUCACAGAGGCUUUCACUAAAGCCAGUAGCUAUAACUGCACACACACACUAGUGCGCUGAAGAUCAGGGUGUAUACCUGAUGUCUUGGACACAAUGGUGACGACAUGAAUGUUUGUUGUUUGGCUUACUUCAGAUCCACCUAACCAUGUGACUGAUGCAUUCUUGUACAUGUUGAAAUAAAUCAUGUUAAGUAUUAUCUCCAAAGGUUUUUACGCUCCAUUUUUUUUCCUAUUUGAAUUAGUGUUAUAUACAUCAUCUAUUCAAUAUUUUGGUCAAAGCGUUCGAUGGACGCAACCCACGUGUUAUAUAAUUGAACAAAAUAGCACUACAUAUAUUCUUAAUUUUUUUUUUAUAUGUAUUACAAAGCUGUAAAAUAUUUUGUAGACAGAUCUCUGUAUUAAUACAUUGUUUCCUUUUCAAUUAAGCACUUUAAAAUAAUCAGUUCAUCUAUAAAUAAAGAAGGCUAUGUGAUCAUUUGUAUGUUAUGCCUUUUGUCAUGUCAACUGAAAGCUUUAUUAUUCUCUGCUUUUGAAAUAAAGAAUGUCACAGGCGUGGCUCUACAAAGGCCAGCGUCACAACA